AUGGAAAGUGAAGGAAGUAAUGGGUUGAUAUUAUCAAAGAAGAAGUUUAUUGAAUGCGAAAAUUGGAAAGCUGGAGACAAAAAUCAUCAGUUUUUGACAAUUCCAAAUAAUAUUGAUUUAGAAUUGUUAGAAACUAUAUUUAAUGAAAAUUCUUAUCAUUCUCAUAAUAAUGAUUUUGAAGUAAAUUUUAAUUUUUCUAAAUAUAAAUUUAAAACAGAAUAA